AUGUGGCGAAAGGAUUCAGAGAGUUCUAUCAAUGGAGCGGAAGGGUUACUUGCGCAGCCACAGUUCAAGAAAUGCGGGCAACGAUCCAGUAGUAUUACUUUAAGCUGGAGAGUGGGGGAUUGUGCUGAUCACCAUGCCGUAUGUACUGACAUCUAUACGCACGUCACGGAAUCUUACCGGGAGAGUUCUAAACGUACCAAUAGUCUGUGCGACGAAGCCUUAUAG